UGAGUGGUUUUGAUCCACUGGUUCUCUUAGUGAAUUCGUCUGAGAAAACAAAAGAAAUCGAACGAAGAGUGUGUGCACUUGAGGAUCGAAUUAAGGUGAGAACAAAGAAGAGAGAAGAAUCGAAAUAGCAAAUCUCUUGAUGGUCUUGAUGAUCAUUAAAGGUAUAUUUCGGAGAUAUGAAAAAUGGAAUCCUGUGCAUCCUACUUAUGGAGCAUUUUGGGGAAUGGGGAUUGGGAUUGGUUGUGGCGUCGGAUGGGGACCUGGUUUUGGCCCUGAGGUCAUUGGUUAUGUCGGUGCUGGCUGCGGUGUUGGUUUUAGUGUUGGUAUAACACUUGCUGGUCUCGGCAUUGGUCUUCCCACAAAUUUUCUUCUUGCAGCUCCUUAUAACACUGUGGAAGCAACUAGAAAGGGUGCUUUUAAUUUCUUUGGUAAAAACCUCUCAACCAAUGGUUGGAGUGAUUUGAUGCCUCAAAUCGCGGGGUUGCAGAGACAAGUCAGUGAGAUAUGCUCUGGUUUUAACAAGAAGCCUCAUUUAAAUAAUGCCAUUGACCUAAAAAGUUUUCCUUUGUUCAUUUCACAUGAUUGUGGCAAAUUUGGAAGUCAUCUUCUCCAUGUGCGCAAAGGUUCGGAGGACAAUAAAUCAUCAGCUAUGUAAUGCUACCCACCACGAGGAUCUUAAGCAUCUGAGACGCAUUUCGAGAUAGUUACUUUGAUGGAAUUUGUGAAUGUGACUGAAAUAUUCAGCACAAAUCAGAACAUGGUUCCUGUCUUGUUUGGAGAAGCACUAUGAACCAAACCUGAAGCCCUUGUGAUUUAGAGUUACAGAGAUACAUUAAAAGGGUUCGGGAUUUCACAGUAGCAUUCAUAGACAGUUCAGGUUAGUUAAACGUGCUUCACAAAAAGAAAAAAAACAGAAGUGUAGUUGAGGUCACACCACAGGUUUAUGCUUUGCUCUUAAUCAAAUAUUUAUCUUUCUCUUUUUUGUUAUUUGUCCUUUUUAAUUCCAUUUGCUUUAUUCCUUACUUGUGGGGAUUAAAUGUUUGCAGAGAAAGAUAAUUCGACUGAAUAAAUACACUUUUACCUGU